AUGAUGAAAAAAGAGAAACCCGAGCCAUAUCUUACUUCAACAGAAAAAUUACAAUACUUUUUGAUUGCACAUUGGCGAGGUGUUGUAAUUGUAUUCACACCAGCAUUUUUCACGUUUGUACUGUUCCCAGGUCCUACAACGAAAUAUCAAUGGACCGGUUAUACGUUGCUCGUGAUGGCUGUUUACUGGGUAUCUGAAUGUAUUCCACUGGCGGUUACAUCAUUCCUACCGAUCGUGAUAUUCCCAUUGACGGACGUAAUGAAUACAAGAGAAUGCUGCACGGCUUAUAUGAACGACUCUGUGAUGAUGUUUAUAGGAAGCUUGAUUUUAGCCUAUUCUGUUGAACAAUCUGGCUUUCAUAAACGGCUGGCUUACUUCUCCAUACAACUUAUAGGUUACUCACAUCUAAAAUUACUUUUGGCUAUGUGUUGUGUCACAACCUUUGCUUCUAUGUGGAUUACCAAUACUGCAGCCACAACUAUGAUGGUUCCUAUCAAUUUUGCCAUAUUGAGAGUAUUUGAAGAACAAAAAGUAAUCAAAGUUUUUGACAAGAACUCUGACGGUGAACUGGUCGCAAGUGAUACUACUUGUUGCUAUUUUUGUGCAGCUACUUUUUCAGCAACUGUUGGUGGCAUUGGCACUUUAGUGGGUACAGGAACAAAUUUAGUGUUCAAAGGACUAUUUAUGCAAUCGUAUCAAGAGGCUCCAGAGUAUUUGUCGUUCCCGAAAUUUUCGAUGUUUGCUGUUCCAUAUAUGAUUGUGUUAGAAUCAUUGGUUUAUAUAUACAUGAUUGUCUCGUAUUUCGGAUUCUUAAGGCCGGGUAGUGAAGCACAAAAAAAAUCAAUAAUACCAUUAGUCGCACAAAAUGCUGCAAAGGCUUCUAUUCAAGCCGAUGUUAAAAAAAGAGGUUCAAUAUCUUACUGGGAGGGGAUGGUUUGUUUUUUGUUCGGUGGUGCCAUGAUAUCAUUCUUCUCCCGUUCACCACAACUCUUUAUAGGUUGGGGCGACAUGAUUAAUGAAUACUUUGGGAUCAAGGAUCCAAAAUUCAUUCGUGAUUCUGCUCUAGCUAUGUUCGUUGGGUUUGCGAUGUUCCUUUUACCCCGAGACAAAAGCUUCUUUUCUAAUUUUACUGUGAAAUUCAAAGAAGAUAUGCCAAAAGGAAAAACACUAAGUGUGUUGGACUGGAGAUUGUUGAACACCCAAAUGCCAUUUGCCUUCAGUUUCUUGUUAGGUGGGGGAUUUGCACUAUCAAGUGCCGCCAAAUCUUCGGGUUUGAACGCUAAACUCGGAGAAUCAAUGCAGGUUUUGAAACCCUUGCCAAAUAUGCUAGUUCUUCUCAUUAUUGUUGUCGUUAUAGUUCUUGUAACCAACUUUGCUUCUAACGUGGCUGUGUGUAAUGUAUUUACACCAAUAGCCAUGCAACUGGCAAAAGAAAUUAAUCAAAACCCUUUGUGGUAUGCCAUUACUUCUGGAUUUUCUGCUUCCUUCUGCUUCAUGGUCCCUGUAGGGACUCCUGGGAACCUUAUAGCACAGAGUGCUGCAAAAAUUCCGACUGGAAAAAUGAUUGUUGCCGGAUCUGGGCCCACCCUUAGCACUAUGAUAGUAACAUGGAUAUGCAUGAACCUAUGGGCACCUAUCAUAUGGCCAGAUCUAAAAGAAAUGCCUGACUGGAUUGCCGCUGCAAAUAAAUAA